AUGCAUUGUCUACCGAUAUCCUAUUCAAACCUCAAACCCGAACGCCAGGGACCUAAUUAUGAUCGAGAUAGAUUGGAUCCACUAUUCCAUAAAGGAAUCCCUAAGCUGGGUCGAGUAUCGGAAGAACGGGGCGAAUAUCCAGCUCCCGGAGACAACUAUCGUGGACUUGAAGAUGACCUGAUCGUGCAAAAUUAUCAGCUAGAAAGAGAGCUAAGCAAGACAUUUCAAUACAUGAAGCACUCUAAUGAAGAGGGUACUAGCACGUAUUCAGAUGAUUUGGAUGACGACAUCUCCGGUAGGAGUGAAGUAUCUGUUGGCUUUGGAAACAUCUAA